GUCCGUGUGGUUUGAGCUCAGGAUCUCAGGACAUGAACAUGUGAGCAGGGAAUGGGCGACUGGAAACAGGAUUAUUGUUACACACAACAGAGAGACGCAGGAGGGGCCCGGGACAGGAGCGACGCGGGGACACUGAGACAAAUCCGAGGAGAUUUUCUUUUUUUUUUCUACCUUUUUUAAAAAUUUUUACGCAUCAGAGAAAUCGGAGGACUCUCUGGCCAAAGAUGAACACCAUUGUGUUUAACAAGCUGAGCAGCCAGGUCCUGUUCGAGGAGAAGGCGAAGGAGGUGGAAAUGAGCAGCAGAAACUAUCUAGAAGUCAUCGACGGGCAACAUCCAGACCUCCUCUCCAGCAACCAGACCAUCAGAGACAACCAGGCCAUCAGACACAGGCGGAGCGGGGGUCGUCCCAGCGGCGGCAAAGUGCGACACAAGCGCCAGGCCCUGCAGGACAUGGCGCGGCCACUCAAGCAGUGGCUCUACAAGCACCGAGACAACCCCUACCCCACCAAGACAGAGAAAAUCCUGCUGGCCCUCGGCUCACAAAUGACCCUGGUCCAGGUCUCCAACUGGUUUGCGAAUGCCAGGAGGCGACUGAAGAACACAGUGAGGCAGCCCGACCUGAGCUGGGCGCUCAGGAUCAAACUCUACAACAAAUACGUUCAGGGCAACGCGGAGAGGCUGAGCGUCAGCAGCGACGACAGCUGCUCAGACGAUGGUGACAACCCUCAGAGGACACAGAGCGGCCCCGAGGAGCUUACCAAGCCCAUGUACCAGAGUGUCAUCAAGAAGGAGGGCUCCUCCAUGGUGGGCAUGGGCAUGGCCAUGGGGAUGGGGAUGGGGAUGGGUAUGGGCGCGGGACUGCGCUCGGCCGCCGAAGCUGCCUCACUGGCCGAGGACUACGUGUCUCCGCCCAAGUACAAGAGCAGCCUGUUGCACCGCUACCUGAACGACUCGUUGCGCCACGUCAUGGUGGCCAACGCCGUCAUGGACGCUCGCAAGAGGAACCACUCCGGCUCCUUCAGCUCCAACGAGUACGACGACGAGCUGCUGUCACCGUCCUCCUCCGAGGCCGAGGCGAACUUUGUUUAUCGGGCUGAAACCACAGACCAUGGAUCAAGUAAAUUUGACAGUGGCGGCAAUGGCGUCGCAGCUGCGCAAAAGGAGAAGGUGAAGGGCAAAGACGAGACGUACUGGAAGGAGAUCAACGCCGCCAUGGCCUUGACCAACUUGGCGCAGGGGAAGGACAGCGCCUCGGGGACCACCAGCUGCAUCAUCCAGAAGUCCUCCCAUAUAGCAGAGAUCAAGACUGUUAAAGUGCCGCUGAUGCAGAAAUAUUAGCCCUGACGUCACCCUCCCGUCUCUCUAUGCAAACCAGCAAACAUUCCUGUUUCAGCAAGCUCGCCAGAGUCCAAAUAAACCCCCCCCCCCCCACCCGACAUGAAAAGAGAAAUGUUGUGUAAGGAUGGGGGGUGUUUGAGGCGAGGAAGUGUGGAACAAAAAGAGAACUCUCAUUCUUUUUGGUUGUUAUUGGUGUCUUAAAAAGUGCAACAGAGGCCUUGACCAUCCUUUUCUUUGCUGGGUUAAUGUGCGAUAGACAAGUGUUGGUGAUAGUCUCACUGCAGUAUUUCCUAAAACAAGACACUUUUGUAAUGUUAACUUAUUUUUGGAUGAGUCUGAUUUUUUUUUUUUAUUUCUUCUUUUUUUACGCUACAAAAUGUGUAUUUUGCCAAAGUGCCUUUUGGUUAUUUAGACAAAUAACUCACCGACUGUGGUCAAUGCAAAGUACAGAUACUGAGGUGCCUAUUUGGAAUUUGUGAAGGAAUAUUUUACAAAGUUUAGUGUCACAGUCGUGAUUCAUGAUUUGUUUUGUGAAUGGAAAUCCACCAUAACAGCCUGUGCCUUAAGAACUGAGUGAGCUCACCAUCUGAGGCACUGAUGAACUCACACACACACACACACACACACACACACACACACACACACGAACACACACGGACACACACAGAAACACACUCGCAGAAAAUGCCCAGCAUUAAUUCUCUUUUCUUGUUUUGACUGGAGUCUUCAUUUUGACUGUAAACUGAACACUGUUUUGUCUCAGUCCGCCUCUUGUUUCUGGCAGGCCAUCAAGAACUGUUGGAUACAGAGAUAAGUCGCUCUAACAUGAGCAGAAGAUCGAUAAACAGCCAACGUUCUCCACAUCUCAGCCUUGGAUUUCACUAACCAGCAAAGGAUUCCUGUCUUAUCACGGCUUUUAGUUGCUGAAACGUGCACAAAUUCCCAGCUGGACCCAAAUGAAGUCACAUGCACCUACGCAGCAGCGACACAGGUCUACGUAGAUCCACUGGCAUCUCGUAAAGGGUUCAAUACAGUAUUUGUUCUAAUGGAAGAAUGCCAUGACCUAAAAGGGAUGUUUUUGCUUUGCAGUAUCAGUGUUUUUUUGUGUGUGUGAACAGUGUUGCCUUUUUCACUUUUUCUUGCUCAGAACACGACAGUCCGGAGUGAAUUAAAAAAUAAAUAAAAAGCCAGCACCAGCUCCCCCAGCCUUUUGAUCCUCAGCCCUCUCAGCUGUUUAGCAUUACAUUUAAAUUACAGUUUACAAGAAGCCAGAGGAUAGACUUAAAAGUUUGACUUCCUCCCCCUCGCUUUCUUUUUUUUUUGUUUGUCUUCAAAAAUACACACUUCAGUAUUAUCUCUUUGUCGCCAGAGCAAGUGUUCAAAGUAUUUGUUAUUGUGAGUCUGUAUAUGUGUGGUUUUGUUUUUGUUCAAAACUUUGUACUUGGUUUUACUUAACCAUACCGCAUUAAGAGCUUCUUUUGUCAUCCAAUGGAAAGAAUCUUUUUUUUAUAGAAAGUACUUAUGUACGGUGCAUAUGGUAUAAACGUUUGCGGCGAGGGAUGCCAAGUUCACAAACUGGUGGACUUAUGGGAGAAACCGAAGUUGGCUCUCUGUGCCGACUUUUUAAUUUUAUGUAUAUCUUCAAGGUACUGUUUAUGUGUGUCAAAAUGUACACUCCUUCAUGAAUUGUGCAGUUUUGAUUUUUUUGACAACCCAGACUGUGCUUAUGGUCAAGGACUUUUCGGGGUGGGGUGGGGGGGC